AAAAUAAUGAAGCACUGAAGUAAUACUGUGCUAUCAUGUAUGUAUGAGGAUAUCAUCCCACUACAGACACUCAAAGUUGCAGAUAAAUAGCACUUCACACACUAUCGCUGAAGAAAACUUCUGCUAACAACCCAGAUCCUGAGGCCACCUACUGCGGAAAGUCUACAGGCAGCAUGUCUACAAGGACAGAUCUUACCCCGUCCCAACAGGAUCUGUCAUACUACGAACAAGCUUUAUCGCUCGUGGAGCAAGCACGAUCAUAUGUCGAAGGCGUCAUGAAAUCCCGCGCCGAAGGGGCAACACUCAGAGAAACUGUCGUUAGAGAUGCGCUCGAACAAGUGCUCACGAUGGUGCAUACAGUCGCCGAGAAGGUGGGCGGACAGCAACAGAUUGAGCAUGCAGUGGCAAUUCUAGAAGCCAGGGGCGCCUUUGGUGUGCUCACUGAGGAAGAGAAAGCCUUAGUCAUGAAAUCUCUCGACCCAGACCACCACCGUGGCAGAGAAGAUACCUCUGUGCCAGAAACCGUACCAGAUACGUUGAAGAGUGCGGUUAAGGUUGCCAAGGUAAUGCGUGCUAACGGAGAGAUCCCCGCGAAGAGCGCGGACAAAGAACUGAAAGGCGAUAUAGUGGUGGAGAAAGUGUGCGAUAGACUGGAGAAUGGGGAGAAAUUCAAUGCUGUGGAGGUGGUGUCCCGCGAAAUGGCCGAGCCUAUUGAAGACAGGCACAAGAAGUCGUCCAAGAAGGCUAAGCAGAAAGAGCUAGAGCAACACGUCAAGAAGGUUGACAAUGGCGAGGCAGUUCCCUCGAUUGUACUGUCGCCACCCCCAGCUGCUGCCAGUUCAUCCCCAGAAGUCGAGCGAGAGAGUGUUGUUCCCAAGGGUGGUGCACCUAUUCAGUUGGAGAACAAAAAGCUCAAGGACCCUGUGACAGUUCCUAAAGCUAGCGAUCCAUCUACUUUCUCGAACAUCGAGGCCAAGUACGAUGUGCAGGCUGUCAAUCCCGAUACAGUUCACAUCAAGCCCAAUAUGAAUCGACAGACAAGUACAGAGUCUACCGGCAGUCAAGGCCGAUCAGGUGAUAGAGCCAACUCCUCAGGAAAUACAUCUUCUCGCAGCCCAAGCCCACGGAGGGGAUUGAGGGAGAAGGUCAAGGGUAUAUUCCACAAGUCCAAGUAAGGUAUUCCAAGACUAGAGGGCAUAUACCUCUAUGUCGAGCGCAGUACAGCUGAGUCCUGAGAGUUUAACAUUGGAUAGGUUGUACUCGCUUAUCGCACUUUCAAAGUCGCCCACGAACCUACGGAAGCAGGCCAUCUCCACUUGUUUCGACUAGCAUGUGCGUACAUUAUCGCGUCAUACGAAGCGGCUAUAUUUAGUAUCUACAAUAUAUAUAAAACAAAUCACC